AUGAGUCCUGAACACAUGCUGAGGACCAGGUGUCUGAUCAAAGCCUUUGACCUGCGAGGUUCACUUAGUGCUCAACAUCUUCUCAUCCUGAAGACUGUGAUGAAGGGUAACAUGCUGAUCUUUGCUCCACUGUGUUUGCUCCUUUGCUGGGAAGUACCUGUGGACUCCAUGAGGAUCCAUGUCAACUUCACUCUACGAGAUGCCAACCUAAAAAUCCCAUUGAGCAUGGUUGACCAUUCAGUUGAUGACAUGUACUUUGGCUGCAACAAAGAAAUGAUGGACAGACUCAACAAUGAAUUCUCACCAGAAAAGUACGAGGGGCAAUUUGCAGAUGUCUGGAACAAUGCAAAACAUUGUGCAAAAUCUAAACUAAUACAUGGAGAUGAUAAGGCUCUGAGCAAAGAUCACAUUCAAGCAAUCUGUGCUUACACAUCUGACUAUAAGAUGUUUUACCAGACAUUUAAUGAUGCAGUACGGACGGAGGGGAACUUCUAUGGAAAUUCUUCUUUCAAAUUUCAUUCCUUACAUUUCCUGCUGACAUCCGCCAUACAGAUUCUGAAUAACAAUUACAACUGUCACACCACUUACAGACGAACCAAUGUUAAAUUUACUGGUCAAAUAAACCAAAGAAUUAGAUUUGGUCACUUUGCCUCUAGCUCUUACAGGCAAGACCUGACACAGUUUGGUACUGAGACCUGCUUUAAAAUUAAGACCUGUUCAGGUGCUUUAUUGAAAAAUUAUUCAGUGUUUCAAAACGAAGCAGAGGUGCUCAUCCCCCCUUAUGAGGUAUUCAAGAUAACUAAGAAAAUUGAAGGUCAAGCUAAAGUUUACAUUUCACUGGGAGUAAAGUCAUGUAAGGUCAUGUAUAUUCUGGAGAGUGCAGGGCAUAUGAGCACUCUGAACUGCAAAGCUGCGCAUCUUUCACCCUUCUAG